GCAACGACUGCCCCACCACAGGUUUGCCAUUCAUCCUGACCUCAUAUAAUACACAGAGGCCCCCCCAACAAUGGCUCCCAAACGCGCCCUCUUCUCACUCAACCUCGACUCCAACGCAGACCACAUUUACCAACGCGUCGAAGAUCAUAACAAGGAAGGCAAGGACAAGGUCAAGGUCCUCGAGAGCUCCGGGCCUACUGUUGGACACACGGAUCUGUCUAUCAUCACGAAGCCGUUUGAGCAGGUGAUCAAUCGCACGGUCGAAGGCGUCAUCGACGGCACUGGGAAGAAAGUGCACAGCGUAGAAGGCGAAGUGCACACCGAGAUCCAUAAAUCGGAGAAGGGCACCGGUACAAAGACGGUUAAAGUCAAGAGGCCCGCCGGCAAGAUAGAAGACACGUACGACACGAGCGAGCUGUGAUUUUUCCCAUCUCGCCGACCCGCAUCUACCCGUCCCUUUGCACAUCCGCGAAAUGGCAGACCAGCAGCCCCUCCGCAUCGCCAUCGGCUGCGACGACGCGGGUGUCUCGUACAAGAAAGCCAUCAUCAAGGACCUCGAGGCGGACAAGCGCAUCGCCUCCGUCACCGACGUCGGCGUCCCCGAGAACACGGAUAAGACGGCGUACCCCCACAUCGCCGUCGAUGCCGCGCAGCUCGUCGCGCAGGGCAAAGCCGACCGCGCCAUCCUCAUCUGCGGCACCGGCCUCGGUGUCGCCAUCUCCGCGAACAAAGUGCCCGGCAUCCGCGCCGUCACCGCGCACGAUAGUUUCAGCGUCGAGCGCGCCAUCUUGUCAAACGACGCGCAGGUGCUGUGCAUGGGGGAGCGCGUGAUUGGGAUCGAGCUUGCGCGGCGACUGGUCAAGGAGUGGGUUGGAUAUAGGUUUGAUACCACAAGUGCCAGUGCGAAGAAGGUGCAGGCCAUCAUGGACCACGAGAAGAAGAACUAUGAAGCGCUGCAGGCCGAAUCGAAAAACGGACCGAGUUGUUAGGCGGGGCUGGGGCCGAUGGGAAUAGAAUGGGUUGUAGAUUGGUAGAAAAUUAUGCUUCUCUUGUUGUCGGCGUUGAACAGAAUGACAUCCA